AACACACACAGACACACACACACACAGACAAACACACACAGACACACACACACGUGUGUGGCGGGAUUAAGUCACGUUUCUCAUCCCAUGGAGAUGAUCCUCAGCGACUCCGAGUCACGGAGAUCUGUCCUUAACUUUGUUUUUGUGUCCCUUAUAUGAGAGGAGAGGGAGGGCCUCGCAUCUACCAUGGGCCUCUCUCUCUCUCUAUCUCUCUCUCGCUCUCUCCCUCUCUCUCUCCAUCUUCCUCCUCUCUGUCCAUCUCUUUCUUGUUCCCUCUCUCGGAACAUUUCCAUUUCCCCGUCUGCCCUCUUUUGCCGAGCACAAUCUCUCUCUCUCUCUCUCAUUCUACUCGUACAGUGAAUUAAUUUCCCUGAAUGCAUCAAAGGGAUGGCGGUCCCUCUCGGGGGGGGGGGGGGGUAUCAAAGCCUUUCGCUUCAAUCUCCCGUCAUCAGUCUCUCCCUCUCUCCACAUCUGUGAUUGUCCUGGACGUCUUUAGCCAAAUGAGAUUCUCUCUCUCUCUCCCCCUCUCCCUCUCUCUCUCUCUCUCUCUCUCCCCCUCUCCCUCUCUUCUUCCUCUCCGUGCAUCGGGCCCCGCGGUCCGUGGCAUCAUCUGGUCUAUUUUUAGUGGUCGUCUCUCCCUCGGCUGUUAUUGGCUGAAGCUCACGCUUCGCCGGCUCAGAGCAUAAACAAACAUCUCAGCUUGAAAUGUCAGCGGGCGCGGUGACGUCACGGUGACGUCAACGUCAUGACGACGGCAUGGUGACGGUGACGUCAUGACGACGGUGACGGCAUGGCGACGUCAUGGUGACUGACAUCAUGUUGACAUCAUGGUGACAUGUUGACAUGGCGUUGUCAUGGUGACAGUGACAUCAUGGUGACAUGGCGACGUCAUGGCAACGGUUCACGUGUUCUCUCUGCACACAUGAAGAUUUAUUAAUGAAUAAUCAGGAAAAAUAUGAAUGUGAGUAGAAGAGAGAUCUGUUGAGGGACAGGGUAUCUAUAGGGGAUAGACUGAGAGUGUUUUAUUAUUUUCUCCAGUUUUGAACAUUUAGUUCUCGAAACAGGAUUCCUUGGUCGUGGAAAACCUGGAAAAGUCAUGGGAAUUUGUAAAUGUUUAUUUCCAGGCCUGGAAAAGUCCUAAAGAAAGAACAAAUCAUGGACAUUCUUUAUAUUCACAUGUUCAUAUACGCUGAGUUUUAAAUAAUUUAAUAUGCUUUUAAAAGAAAGAUGCUCUAAAUAUAAGCCGGCGUACGUACGCUCUUUCAUACUCGUGUCACGGCGCUAUUAGAGUGGACCCAAAAGCACGACUCAGACAGGAGUCACAAAGAAUACUGUCUUUGGUUGGAAACAGGCUGGGUCAAAACCGGGAGAUCAGUCGAAGAAGCAAACAAGUCCAAAAAUGGGCGGGGCAGAGAAUCAGAGGUCAGGGCAGGCAGGGUCAGAACAGGCAGGUCAGGAAUAUACUCUAAUAACGCUGGAGAACUUGGCACGAAAACACAAGACAAUCUGGCAGAGGACAAGUGGCAGUGAGGGAGCUACAUAGUGAGGGACUAAUGAGGGGAUGGGCUGCAGGUGAGAAGGGCGUGAGGACCAGGUGAAGGGAAUGAGGGACUAACGAGGUGACCAGAGGCAGGUGAGAAGGGCGUGAGGACCAGGUGAAGGGAAUGAGGGACUAACGAGGUGAUCAGAGGCAGGUGAGGGGAGUUGGAUUGACGAGAUGGUGUGACAGGAUGAAAACAACUAUUACCAAAAGGAAGGCGUGGAGCUAAACUGUUACAACUCGCACAUUUUCCGCGCUGCAAGUGAACGCACCUUAAACUGAAAAGACGUUAAUGUUUAUUCUUUUAAUCAAAAGUUUAUUUAUUUUUCAAUCUCUUUUCUUCCAGAGGGAUCCCGGGGAAGAAAUGUGGCACCGUGAUCGUGAGAGCAGAAGAACUGAGCAACUGCAGGGAGUCUGUGAUGCUCCAGUUUUGCGGCAACAAGUUGGACAAGAAGGAUUUCUUUGGGAAGUCGGAUCCUUUCCUCGUGUUCUACCGUAGCAACGAGGACGGAUCGUUCACCAUCUGCCACAAAACGGAGGUGGUGAAGAACAACCUGGACCCCGUGUGGCAGGCCUUCAAGAUCCCCGUCAGGGCGCUGUGCAACGGGAACUACGACCGGAGCAUCAAGGUGGAGGUGUACGACUGGGACCGGGACGGCGGUCAUGACUUUAUUGGCGACUUCAGCACCAGCUACAGAGAAAUGUCCAGAAGCCAGUCACAGUUCCACAUCUAUGAGGUUCUGAAUCCAAAGAAGAAAGGGAAGAAGAAGAAGAAGUACCAGAACUCGGGAACGGUCACCCUGCUGUCCUGCCUCGUGGACUCGGAGCUCUCCUUCCUGGACUACAUCCGCGGCGGGACUCAGAUUAACUUCACGGUGGCGAUCGAUUUCACGGCUUCAAACGGAAACCCGUCCCAGCCCACCUCGCUGCACUACAUGAGCCCGUACCACCUCAACGACUACGCCAUGGCGCUGAGGGCCGUGGGCGAGAUCAUCCAGGACUACGACAGCGACAAGAUGUUUCCCGCGCUCGGCUUCGGCGCCAAGCUGCCGCCGGACGGCCGCGUCUCCCACGAGUUCGCCCUGAACGGGAACCCUCAGAACCCGUACUGCAGCGGCAUCGAGGGCGUGAUGGAGGCGUACUACCAGAGCCUCAAGUCCGUGCGUCUCUACGGACCCACACACUUCUCCCCCGUCAUCAACCACGUGGCCAGGUAUGCGUCGGCGGUGACGGACGGCUCCCAGUACUUCAUCCUCCUCAUCAUCUCCGACGGCGUGAUCACGGACAUGGCGCAGACCAAGGAGUCCAUCGUCAACGCCGCCUCUCUGCCCAUGUCCAUCAUCAUCGUCGGGGUCGGACCGGCGGAAUUUAACGAGAUGAUCGAGCUGGACGGGGACGAGGAGAGGAUCUCGUCUCAAGGACGCUCCGCCGAGCGUGACAUCGUUCAGUUCGUCCCCUUCAGGGACUACAUUGACCGGCGGGGGAACCACAUCCUGAGCAUGGCCCGGCUGGCCAAGGAGGUUCUGGCCGAGAUCCCGGACCAGUUCCUGUCCUUCAUGCGGACCCGGGGCAUCAAGCCCGGCCCGCCGCCCCCCCCCUACACGCCGGGCCCUCCGCCCGCCCUCCACCCGCUCCUCUGCAGACGGGUAAGCCGCAUCUAGGAGGCCGGACGCCGCCGGGCCGCCGCUACUGGCCUCUCGUCUCUCCUCCUCCUCCUCUUCUUCACCGGAGGCUCCGGAGCACGGCGCUCUCUUUCGGGGGGGAACGCGGAUCAGACCCCCCGAGGACGGACUGUCCGUCCUCCUUGGCGGGUGGAGCUCUGGGGGGUUUACGGGUGGAGGUGGUGGAGGUCUGAGCCCACCGGCCUCCGCCGGCGUGGACACGGACCACCGGAGCUCAUGAACUUCUGAUAUUUAUAUUUAUAUUCCUCACAUCCUCCGUGUUCAAAUGUGAGGAGAAACCUUCAGGAGGACAUUUAUACCGAUCCAAGACUUUCACUUUUACUUUCUUCUUCUUUUUUUUUGCGGCUGCAGGAACUGGAAGUUUUUACUUUGUAAAAAAAACAAAAAACAUUUAGACCCAAAUUCUUCAACACACAGCGUGGAUGUUUUUUUUCUCAUUAAUUUUAAUAAAUGGAGCAUGUGCUAGUCUUAAGAGAAGCAUGUCGUCCUCAGGCCCAGACACGACUGUGUACUUUACGUCUUUACCCGUUCUUCAGAAGCAUUUCUUCUUUUCUUUUCUUUUCUCUCACACGAGUAUAAAACAGGUUGUUUCUGUCGAGUUCACAGGUUGGUUUUUUUCUCACUUUUCUCACGUCGUGAAGUGUUUGCCAAACUGCAGGUGGAGAAUUGAAUCACUUUUUUUCCCGGUAGCUGUCAGAUCAGGU